AAUAAAUUAUUACAUGUACUUAAAUUAAUUCUUAAUAGAGUACUAUUAGCAACGUAAUAAUACACUUUAAUACAAUACAACCAAAAAUGCGACGCCGCGCAGGUGUAGGUGCAAUCCAAAAACACAGAUUGGAACAAGAGAAAUAUAAAGAAAAGGGCACAGAAAUACAAGAAAACCAAUUCCAGCAGAUGUCGAAACAACUGGAAGUGUUUAGGGAAAAUUUGGAAGAUUUUGCAUCAAAACACAAGAGUGAAAUAAAGAAGAAUGCUCAGUUCAGAAGGCAAUUUCAGGAAAUGUGUGCUGCCAUCGGUGUGGAUCCACUGGCUUCGGGGAAAGGAUUCUGGUCUGUUCUUGGUAUUGGUGAUUUUUACUAUGAGCUAGGAGUGCAAAUAGUAGAGGUGUGCUUGGCUACCAACUACAAGAAUGGAGGUCUCAUAACUUUAGAGGAAUUACGUUCCAGACUUAUAGCUUCUCGUGGCCGAGCAAAGAAGCAUCAAGACAUCACAAAUGAAGAUCUGCUAGCGGCAGUGAAAAAACUAAGGAUAUUUGGAAAUGGGUUUACUGUAGUUCCGAUCAGUAAAGGCAAAUGGCUGGUUCAAUCGGUGCCUGGUGAAUUAAACAUGGAUCAAACACUAGUUCUUCAGAAGGCCAGUGGACUUGGAACAGCGUGGGUCUCUGUUAGUGUUCUCACUAGCGACCUCGGUUGGACUGAAAUCAGAGCCGAGAAUGCUUUGAACCAUAUGGUGAGAGAAGGUCUCGCCUGGGUGGACUCGCAGGAACCGAAAGAGACGUUGUACUGGUUCCCUAGCAUGUUUGCAGAAUGCGUAUCAGCAUGAACUAUAAGCCUAUGUGAUAUAUGUAUGUAAUUCUGUAAAUUAAUAUAAAAUUUAUUUUUGUACAUGAAAAAUAAAAAAUUAUAAUCGUUUUAAGUCGUUUAUUAUUGCACUGAUUACAUUUAAUAAAAUAUUGUAAAUACAUUUUUCACUUAAAAUAAAAUAACAUAAUAGUGAGUGCCUAUUUUAUUUUAGCAUGUGUGCAAUCAUAACAAAAAUAUAAGUGCUCUCCCUAAUAAUAUUUGUAGAUUUAUACCAUUCUGCUAACGACCAAUGUAUUGCCAACGACCAUGAUUGAUGGCAGUAGUCUAUUUACCAGACACGGUUUCCAGUUUGAAGGUAGGACAACUAUUAUUGU